UUGCGCCAGCCCACUUGGCCCGCUGGACAAGGAGACCAACCACAUGCACAAUUUGGCCUAACUCACGGGGCCGUUGAUACUUCAGGCCCGGACAACGGGAACUCAUUGUUACCAAGUCCCCAAGUCACAUGUGGCAUAUUGCCUCGCGUAGCCGACACGGCGCCACAACUGAGUCCAGUAGGCUUUUCAACCGAGUCGCUUGGUACCGCUUUCUAUUCCCUUGUCUCCACACGUCUGGCUGUCCGUCAUGCCGGAGUUGUGGGCAAUGAAGGCGCAAGUUCGAGAACUGCGGCUGUGGUGCAAAGCCUAAAACAUAAGGCUUCAUUCAGUGCCCCCCUUCGGCGACCAACCCUCGUCUCUCGUCUCUAUCCUCUGUACACCGGGCCCGGUAACACCGUAGCUGUUAAUUUACCAGCUUCAGGUCUAGCUGCUAUCUGGCGACUUGGACGCAGUGAAUUGGUCCGCCACGUCCAAGUGGACUCUGACUGA